UUCACAUGGAAGGUGCUCUUCAACGACACUAUAUUUCACAACAUUCACUAUGGAAACCUUUCAACAACAGAGGAAGAGGUGUACGAUGCAGCUCGGCGAGCAGCGAUUCACGACAUGAUCAUGAAAUUCCCGGAUAAAUAUUCAACGGCGGUGGGAGAAAGAGGGCUGAUGCUGAGUGGUGGAGAGAAACAGAGAGUAGCACUUGCUCGUGCAUUUCUAAAAUCACCAGUGAUUAUGUUGUGUGACGAAGCGACUAGUGCGCUCGACAGUAAAACCGAGGCAGAGAUAAUGAAAUCGCUGAGGUCGCUAGCGAGUAACAGAAAUUGCAUUUUCAUUGCACAUAGACUGACCACUGUAAUGCAAUGUGAUGAGAUUAUAGUAAUGGAGAAAGGGAAAGUGGUGGGAAAAGGGACACACCAAGUGCUGUUGGGAAAAUCUGGAAGAUACGCCAAAUUAUGGACACAACAAAACAGUAAAUUGGAGGUGUGAAUCUUUGGGUUCU